AUAAACGAUAAACGAUAAAGAUAAACAAUAAACAAUAAUGGCGGCUGCCCAGAAGUUUGUUGCAGUGUUUCUGGUGUGCAUAUUUGUCCUCGCUGUCGCGGCAAGGGACAAGGAGACACUUAAGAGCGAGGACAAGUCAUUUAAGGACGAGGACAAGAUUCUUAAUGAUGAGGAUAAGCUUCUUAAGGACAAGGAUAAGGUUCUUAAGGACGAGAAUAAGGACGAGGGCAGCAAGGCUCUUAAGGCCGAGGAUAAGGACGAGGGCUCGGCUCUUAAGGAAGAGGGUUUGGCUGGUAAGGACGAGGGCUUGGCUCUUAAGGCUGAGAGCUCGGCUCUUAAGGAAGAGGGUAAGGACGGGGGCAAAGCUCUUAAAGACGAGGGAAAAGCUCUUAAAGACGAGGGCAAAGCUCUUAAAGAUGAAGGCAAGGCUCUUGAGGAUGAGGACAAGGCUCUUAAGGACGGGGUAAAAACCUAGAAGAAUAAUAAAGCAAUUUAUUAAUAUUUAAGGUGAAACAUCAUAGGAUUUCUAUAUUUGAAGUCAAGAUCAUAUUUUAAGAUAGUGUCAAUUUUUCUUGUCACCCCUAUAUCAUAUCAUGUAAAGACUAUAUGUCAUUUUUUAAUAGUUGAAAAUAAAGCUCAUGCUUCACGUA